CCUGCCCCGCCUGGCAGCAUCAGCUACCUAGCCGCGGUCUUCCUGGCGUAGUGCAUGGAGGACUCAGCAGGCUCGGAGGUUGGACUUAAGUGCGGGUCAGGAAGCAGUACAGGCCGGAGCACCAGGCGCCCCUUACUCGCUGUGAUACGCAGGUAACCGAGCCCCGAGAGCCGAAUUGUCUGAAAGAAUGGAUACGUCUCCCUCCAAAAAAUACCCCGUUAAAAAACGGGUGAAAAUACAUCCCAAUACGGUGAUGGUGAAAUACACUUCUCAUUAUCCUCAACCUGGGGAUGAUGGAUAUGAAGAAAUUAAUGAAGAUUAUGGAAAUUUUAUGGAAGAAAAUCCAAAGAAGGGUCUGCUGAAUGAAAUGAAAAAAAAGGGAAGGACUUUUUUUGGAACCAUGGAUACCCGACCUCCACCAACAGAAGACCCAAUGACCAAUGAGAUUGGACAAUUCCAGAGUUUUGCAGAAAAAAACAUUUUCCAAUCCAGAAAAAUGUGGAUAGUGCUGUUUGGAUCUGCCUUGGCUCAUGGAUGUGUAGCUCUUAUCACUAGGCUUGUUUCUGAUCGUUCUAAAAUUCCAUCUCUAGAGCUGAUUUUUAUCCGUUCUGUCUUACAGGUUUUAUCUGUGUUAGUUGUGUGUUACUACCAGGAGGCCCCCUUUGGACCCAGUGGAUAUAGAUCACGACUCUUCUUUUAUGGUGUAUGCAAUGUUAUCUCUAUCACCUGUGCUUAUACAUCAUUUUCUAUAGUUCCUCCUAGCAAUGGGACCACUAUGUGGAGAGCCACAACUACAGUCUUCAGUGCCAUUUUGGCUUUUUUACUUGUAGAUGAGAAAAUGGCUUAUAUUGACAUGGCUACAGUUAUUUGCAGCAUCUUAGGUGUUUGUCUUGUCAUGAUCCCCAACAUAGUUAAUGAAGAAAAUUCCUUGUUAAAUGCUUGGAAAGAAGCCUUUGGAUACACUAUGACUGUGAUGGCUGGGCUGACCACUGCUCUUUCCAUGAUAGUAUACAGAUCCAUUAAGGAGAAGAUCAGCAUGUGGACUGCACUGUUUACCUUUGGUUGGACUGGGACAAUUUGGGGAGUAUGUACUAUGUUCACUCUUCAAGAACCUGUUAUCCCAUCAGAUGUAGAAACCUGGAGUUAUCUCAUUGCUAUAUGUGUCUGUUCUACUGCAGCAUUCUUAGGAGUUUAUUAUGCCUUGGACAAAUUCCAUCCAGCUUUGGUCAGCACAGUACAACAUCUGGAGAUUGUGGUAGCAAUGGUCUUGCAGCUUCUAGUGUUACACAUAUUUCCUAGUGUCUAUGAUGUCUUUGGAGGUGUAAUCAUUAUGAUUAGUGUUUUUGUUCUUGCUGGCUACAAACUUUACUGGAGGAAUUUAAGAAGGCAGGAUUAUCAGGAAAUUAUAGACUCUCCCAUUAAAUGAAUACCUGACUAUUAUCUUAACCAUUACUUAUUAAUAGGUACACUGCCACUUUAAUAUUCACCUAUACCUUUUAUGUUAUAUAACUGGCAGAGUGCUAAU